AUGCAACUACAAGAGCGUAUAUUACAGCUAAUGAAAAAUAGUCCAGAUACAUUAUCAUUGACAUACACAGAAUUUUGUCAUAUAAGAAAUGUUAUAACACGAGCUGAAUUAGAAAAUUUAUUAUUUAAUGAAAAACUUUAUACUGAAGUUGCCUAUGGCAAAUUAUGUUUUACAUGUCGAAAAGUUCAUUUUAAUUUACUGACAUUUACAUUUGGUAUUCAAUGUAAUGUUUGUAAACAAAAAGUUUGUCGAAAUUGUGUUACACAAAUUGCUUUACCAAAGGAAAGAUUAAAUGAUUUACCAAUUCAAGCAUUUACUCCAUUAUCACUAACAAAAUCAUUAUUAGAUGGUGAUAGAUAUCAUUCAUUUGAUACACAAUCUCCUCUAACACCCACAAUGCAUGAUAUAAAUUAUGAUGAUAGUGGAACACGUCGUUGUUCAACACCAGGCAAUGCUCAUAAACAAUCUGGUACUACAAAAUGGCAUACAGAACCAAUUGAUAUAUGUACAGAUUGUUUUUUUCUUUUGCAACAAAUUCGAGAAAAAUUUCGUCAACGUCAUAUAUCACCUACACUAACAACAAAUUCAGUUUCAUCAAGAUCAUCAUCAUUUAACCGUUCACAUCAUUCAUCAUCACGUUCAACAUCAAAUUAUAAUCUUUCAACAUCAUCAUCAGCAUCAUCAAUAGCUACAUUAUUAGCUAAACAACAACAACGUUCAUUAAUAUUUACAACAGAUUCAAUUUCGUCAAAUUUAAAACAAACAAAAUCAGCACAAGAAUUAUCAGCCCAAAAAUUAUUAUUAAAUAAUGAUUCAUUACCAACAUCAAUAACAACAACAGAUGCAAUCAAUGAUGAUACUAAUGAAAAAGUUAGUCUAUCACGACAUAAUCUUUUUCUCAAACUUCAACCAACAUAUGAUAUGAAAUUAAAUAAUAUUAAAACAUGA